AUGCCUUCUUUCUCCAUUCUUAACAGAGGCAGAGAAGUCUUUUACAUUCAUUGUCUCUUGGGAUGGCACAUCCUACUCCACCAACUUCUCAUAAACAUGAUAAGCUCACGGCCAAUCCUUGAGGGAAUCCCAGCAGAAGACAGCAAACACGUGGCCCGGUCUUGUGUCUACCGCCUGGAGCCCUUCAUCUGGGGGACGGGGGCAGGGCGCUUUGAAAGCCAACCUCAGGUCACUGGUGGGACUUCUGUUCAUUCUCAGUUCACACAUGUGGCGUGUAAAGCAGCAAAAAUGCUACCUGCAUCAUCUGUUUUCAUCCACUUUAAUAAUUUCAAGAAUCCAAACUUUGAUCUAGUUAACAAGAAAAACAAAAGAACUUUCUCUACACACAGCUAG